AUGUCUUCGAUUCGAGUGGAUUCCAGCAAGCAAUUGGCGACGAGCAGUCUUGUGGUGGGUUAUGCACUUUGUUCAAGUUUGCUUGCUGUAAUUAACAAGUAUGCAAUUACCAAAUUCAACUACCCUGGCCUUUUAACUGCAUUACAGUACUUCACCUCUGUAUUGGGUGUUUGGGUUUUAGGCAAAUUGGGGUUUUUACACCAUGAUUCCUUCACUUAUGAAACUGCAAAGAAGUUUUUACCUGCUGCUCUCGUAUUUUACCUUGCUAUCUUUACCAAUACCAAUCUUCUGCGCCAUGCCAAUGUGGACACCUUCAUUGUGUUCAGAUCCUUGACACCCCUUUUGGUGGCUGUGGCAGAUAUUCUGUUUAGAAAACAACCCAUCCCAUCCAAGCUUACCUUUACUUCCUUGUUUGUUAUACUGGGUGGUGCUGUUGGGUAUGUGGCCACUGAUUCUGCUUUUACUUUGACUGCAUACUCUUGGGCACUUGCUUAUUUAGUCACUAUUACUUCUGAGAUGGUCUAUAUCAAACACAUUGUCUCCAAUAUUGGACUCAACACCUGGGGUCUUGUAUUCUACAACAAUUUGUUGUCAUUGAUGAUGGCGCCGCUCUUCUGGAUUCUUACGGGAGAGUACAGUGAGGUGUUUGCUGCUUUGUCAAAACCUGGGAAUUGGUUUGAACUUUCUGCAUUUUUUGCCGUUUCAUUGUCGUGCGUGUUUGGUUUGCUUAUUAGUUUCUUUGGAUUUGCUGCAAGGAAGGCAAUAUCGGCCACAGCAUUUACUGUCACUGGGGUGGUCAAUAAGUUUCUUACUGUUGUCAUCAAUGUGUUUAUUUGGGAUAAACAUGCUAGCCCGGUUGGUUUACUUUGUCUUAUGUUCACGCUUGCUGGAGGUGUUCUUUAUCAGCAGUCAGUUACUGGAGCUGGCAGUGCUCCAUUGCAGCGUGAGUCUUUAUCUAAACAGACAGACCUUGAAAAUGAUGGUGACGAGGAGGACCAACUAAUCAAAAACUGA